ACAGCGACCCGAAUCCAAUAGAAAAAAACAAAAUUGGAAAAAACUGCAGCCUUGUUUCCCUUCUCUAGGACGGGAGGCUUUUCGCUGGAUCGAAGUUUUCAGGGGAAGAAGAGUGAAAGAAGCACAAUCGAUCCCCGGAAAGAUGAUCCAUUUUGUAAUUUUAAUUAGUCGACAAGGAAAAGUUAGACUGACGAAAUGGUACUCCCCAUAUUCACAAAAAGAAAGAACCAAGGUCAUUCGAGAGCUUAGUGGAUUGAUUCUCACACGAGCCCCAAAGCUGUGCAAUUUUGUUGAGUGGAAAGGAUACAAGGUUGUAUAUAGAAGAUAUGCCAGCCUCUACUUCUGCAUGGGCAUUGAUGCUGAUGACAACGAACUGGAAAUUCUUGAAAUUAUUCAUCAUUUUGUUGAGAUAUUGGAUCGAUACUUUGGCAGUGUUUGUGAGCUAGACUUGAUCUUCAAUUUUCACAAGGCAUACUAUAUAUUGGAUGAGAUACUGAUUGCUGGUGAACUUCAAGAGUCAAGCAAGAAGACUGUUGCACGGCUCAUAGCAGCACAGGAUUCGUUGGUGGAAACAGCCCAAGAGCAGGCUAAUUCAAUUAGCAACAUGAUUGCGCAGGCUACCAAGUAGAAAAUCCUAUUAUUCGGUACUAUCAUGUGAUGUGUUUGUUCUUAACCUCAUUUUUGUGGGGCACAUUUGUGUUGCAGUAAAUGUAUAAUUCCUUGUGCGAAGACAAUCUUAUGGUUUGUUUGAAGUGAGAACCUGAGAUGCAAAUAUCUUUUACUCCACUCAUUGGGAUUUUUAGUUUAGGUAGAUAAGCCUGUAUGCAAGGAUUCAACUUUUAUCAGAUGGAGCUUUCAGUUAUCUUGCCAGCAA